AUGUGGCGUGGACCGCAGGUGGCACCACGCCUCCGCACAGGAGUGCAACUGUGGUUUGUGGCGUGCGCACAGAAACGCCUCUGCACGUCGUCGUCUUCAUCGGCGUCUUCGGCAGAAGGGGAGAAGGGCGGAGGCGGCAGCCGUCGUGCGGGCAGUGACCGCCGUGGCGACGGUGAGGAGGCCGCCGACACGACGGGAGGGAAAAGAACCUCCGCAACGGCGGAGGAGCGCCGCCGCAUCGCGCGAAGCUGGGAGAAUGCCUUCUUUGGUCGCGUGCACUACGAGCCUGGAAUGCACGAAAAGUACCAGGCCGCCCUGGAGACAGAAGAGGAGGAGGAGGAACUGAUGCGAAGGAGCAAUCGCGAAUUAUUCCCUCAUUGGCCGGAGGAUGAGGAAGCGCCCCGACAUGAAUUCCAUCGUCUGCCAGAUGCGCUCAAGAAGCGCUACAUCGUCAACCGGCUGACGAUGGGGGAGCGGCGGAUCACGUACGCUGCGGAUUACGGCGGAUUGCUCAUGAUGCAACAUCUCAAUCUCGGGGAGUUGAUGAUUAACGAGGCGGAGCGACUUCUUGUCGAGUGCGGCUGGUGCAACGACGACGUGGCGGCAAAGAUUGAGGCCGUACGCGACUGUGCGGCGAGAACGAAGUUCCAGUUUGACUUGGACUGA